UAAAAAUAACAGUUCUAUUAGUAGCAGCUUACAAAGUGAGGUGUAAGUAUAUUGGGGGAAGUGUACUGUAGCGUAUUGUAAUAUACUAUACUGUGAGUGCAGCUUUUUCCUAUACCUCAUUUCUAACACUACUUUAGAAUGCCCAAUUCACCUAUGGUGGAAUGCAUAGAAAUCAAAGGGGUCAUUAAUAACUAGAUGGCUCUGAGGAAGCCGAUUGGAUCGGCGAAACUCGUCAGGUGGAAGUGACGUCACUACAAGCUGAGGGGAAUGCCACGAGGAAAGAGGGGAAGAGAAAACAACAUAUUAUCCAACCUCAUACUCCACUGCAUACCUGCAUAAAUACUUGUGACUAUAUGUGACUAACUUCAUAGGAAAUAACUGAAGCAACAGAAGCAGCAGCACAUGAAAUCUGUUCUUUUAUUCCAUCUCUCUGUUCCAAAUGCUCUGCUGAAUUUGGGAUAACCCUUUGAAGAGCUUUCCCAACUGAAGCUUCCAUAUCAGCAAUGAUGAAGGACGCAAGUGCUACCCCAUACCCUCUUGAACUUAUGCCAACUGAAGUGGGUAACUUGUCCCUGCUUUCCUGUAGCAACGACUCUGCUGAAAGUAUCAGACUUUACCAGUCUUCACCUGCAGCUGGGUGCAAUAGCUCACUAUCCAGUUCUGAUCAAAGCCCACCAUUGCUGGUGGAUGCAUGGCUGGUACCCCUGUUCUUUGCCCUCAUCAUGCUUGUGGGACUAGUAGGCAAUUCCUUGGUCAUAUAUGUCAUAAGUAAACACAGACAGAUGAGAACAGUAACUAAUUUCUAUAUAGCCAACCUUGCCAUGACAGAUAUCACCUUCCUGGUAUGCUGUGUGCCUUUUACUGCCACUCUUUACCCGUUGCCCAGUUGGGUAUUUGGUGAUUUCAUGUGCAGAUGUGUUAACUAUCUCCAGCAGGUCACUGCACAAGCAACCUGUAUAACCCUAACAGCUAUGAGCGUUGACCGCUGCUAUGUAACAGUCUAUCCACUGCAAUCCCUGCGCCACCGAACCCCUCGAAUGGCCAUGGCAGUGAGUCUGGGUAUCUGGAUAGGCUCUUUUGUAUUAUCCAUUCCAUUUGCCAUGUACCAAAAGCUUAGCACUGGAUACUGGUAUGGACCUCAGACGUACUGCAUAGAAGCUUUCCCUACAGUUGUGCACCAGAAAGCAUUCAUAUUAUAUACGUUUCUUGCUGUCUACCUUUUGCCCCUGCUCACUAUCUGUGCCUGCUAUGCUUUUAUGCUAAAAAGAAUGGGUAGGCCGGUGGUAGAACCCAUUGACAACAAUUAUCAGGUACAGCUUUUGGCCGAGAGAUCUGAGGCAGUGAGAACAAAAAUCUCUAGGAUGGUUGUGGUGAUAGUUCUACUCUUCACCAUCUGCUGGGGACCUGUCCAGCUUUUCAUCUUGUUCCAAGCUUUUGACUCCAGUUUUGAGAAAAGUUAUGAAACCUACAAGAUUAAAAUCUUUGCACACUGCAUGUCGUACUCCAACUCCUCCAUCAACCCAAUUGUGUAUGCUUUUAUGGGGGCAAACUUCAGAAAAUCUUUUAAGAAAGCUUUUCCUUUCAUAUUUAAGCAGAGGGUUGAGGGCACAACUGGUGUUGUUGCUAACACUGAGAUGCAUUUUGUUUCUUCUGGAACAUAAUUAGCAGGGGGAAAAUUAUAACUGCAAUAAAUAGCGCAUUGGAACACUUGUUAAACUCUCUUAGCAAAUGCAAUUUUGUGGUUUUAAGAAGCCAAUAUCAGGUGUAACUAAAGAUAUCAACGUGUUUGCGAAUUCACAUCUAACAAAAUGUCCAGUCCAAUGAAUAUUUAUACAUACACAUCAGGGAGUCCUACGAUUUCGUGCCUUUGAAGUUUAAGGUGACUUCUAUUAUUCACAUCAGUUCUUUCUGUUUUGCUUGCGGCUUUAUACCUUUGGAAUCCGAAGGUAUAUUUUGUAAUUCAUAUCAGAUUCCUAAAGCUAUACAUAGCUCACUCCUGUUUUAUAUAUUGGUGUUUUGUUCUUCUACACAAAAACUGUACAAGCCUUCAACUUGAAGGAGGAACAAUAAUGGAAAAAUUCUUGACAAACACAAGCAUCCAAAUACAUUGAAAUACAUACAGGGUAUUUCCCUUUGUUUUGAUCGACUGGACAAAUAACGCAUUUGUUCAUUGUUUUAGAACCAGUGUUUAAAAGACCACAAAUCAAAGAAGAUUGGUCUUGUGGUGGAGGGUAUUUUGCUUAGCAGGAAAUUUAUAAGCUUUUUAGACUACAGUAGUUUUAACUUCUGAGCGAUGAAAAGGGGUAAAAUGACCUACGAUUGCACCAGCAGGGUCAGGGUGCAGGCAUGAAAAUGCUCACCAUCUUCAUCUCCUUUCUGAAAUAUGGUAUAGAAUACAUGGGUUUAGCACUUGCAUGACAUUUGAGUGUGCAGCUUCAAAUUUUUAAUGCCAAGUGAGAACAUUGCCGGGCAUCAAAGAAGUAGCACCACCGUUUAGUUACAUGCACAUUAAGCCGAGAGUAUGUCAAAUUGUGUCUUUUUAAAUGUAUAUAAUUUGCUAUGUAAUGUGUGCUUGUUUGUCUUUUAUAAAAUAAAGAUAUAGUUUUGCUCAUAUACAUCUAAGUAUUACUCUGCACCCAUAUUUGCCAAUAUACAAUUCUUUUAAAGACUUUUU